AUGUCUGAUGUGGCGCCGCUGCGAUCUCAAUCUCCGACAAGGCUUGAGAGGACCAUCACCGCCGAAUUAAUUGACCCGCGGCCUGUUCCCGACCCGUACCGACCGCUGUUACCGGCCAGCCUUCCAAUAUUGUUUUGGCCAGUCGAAUCCACUUGCCACCGGGAUGCUGAGACGCCGCUCACCGAACUCCAUCCACUACCCCAGACCUGUGCCCAGACGGUGUCUACAGGGCAGGUAGCCAACCCGACAGAGCCACGGACGGCCGUUCUGGCCACCGAAAACAAAGGAGCCGUGACACUGCUCGCAGCGAAGAUUGAAAAAGAAAGAAUAUUGAUAAAUGAUUUAACACAGUCUACUGUAAAAGAUAAUCAUGAAAUAUCAGCCAUUUCUCAUGAUGAUUCUGAAGUUUCUGAUAAGUAUGAAAUAAGUUUCAGUACAUUAGAUGAUGAUAAUAGUGAUGUUUCUGAGAGUAUUUCAAUUCCAUAUCCCACUUUCAACUUCACUGUUCCUUCUAAUGACAUUACUGUUGAUGCCCCUGCACAAUCAACACUAAACGAGUUCAAUAGUGAAGGGUUCUUCAAUAAAAUCAAAGAUGAUUAUAUGAGAGCACGCAAUAAAGCCAAAACAGAUGAAGAAACCAGUGACCUGGCAUCUGAAAGGGAAGGCAAUUAUAAAAGGAAGAGGAUCCAGAAGGUCCUAUCCUCUAGUGGCAGUUCUGAAGAAUCACUUCUUCCUUCUCCUCCAAAAUUUAAACAAUGUUAUUCUGCUGGUACAGUGAUAAAAGUGGAUGGGUCUGGUAAUGAUACAUUCAAAAAGGCGGAUGUGUCUGGUAAUGAGUCCAAAUUGGAAGUAAUUAUAGAACAAAAUCAUCUGAUACGCAGUAUCACAACAGAUCUUUUGUCAAAAAUGAAUGCCAUGGGAGAGAUACAUGACUAUCAAAAAUCCCAAGGAGUGUCCAUAUAUAAAGAUUUCAAUUUGGAUUUUCCUCUGAACAGUGAAGAGGACUUGGAAAAAUUCGAGACUGUAUUGAAGGAAGGAAAAAAUUUUGAUGCAGCUGUGAAUGAAUUGGCAAAACUGGGGGGAUCCACCAAUUACAAUUUCGUAAAACGUGUGAUGACAUCCUUGAUCAGAAAUGAAGAGGGAAGCAAAUUCAGUUGGAUGGGUCGAAAAGGCAAAAAGCCCUUCAAUAAAUUGAAUAUGCCCAGACUUGUCCUGGAUGAUUAUGCAAAAGCGAAAUGUUUUGAAAAGACUUGUAGUGAGGAAGAAUCUUCUGACACUACAGAGCAAUCCAAAACAUCGAGGAAACGAAAGAUUCCCAAGAAUCAAGAUUUUGUGUCUGGAAAUUCAUCAGAAGAAGAAACAUAUAAUUUACCACCUCUACCAAAGAUUCCACUAAUGACUGAUGUAUCCAAAACUCAGAAUUCUUGUAUUUUGGUUGAUGAAAGCUCUGAAAAAAGAAGAUUCAAGUGA